GAAAGCGCCUUAGAAAUCGAAUUAGAUGGUGAAGCACGACAAUACGUGGUGGGUGGAGCACAAAUAUUGGAUCAAAAGAUUUAAAGCUCCAAUAAGACAUGAAAGGGUCCCCCUCAAACUGAGUUAACAAACCAAACCCCCCCACUUCUCAUAUCCUCAACUUUGUCUUAGAUCUUUCACAAACCUUUGCAACCUCCUUGUGUAGAAACUGGCUUUUCAACAAACUGCACCUCUUGUUUCUGCUUCUUUCUGUCUUUUUCUCUUCUGGUUACUUUUCUGUUUUCUUUGUUUGGUUGGGUGCUUUCAUUUUUCUAACAGGUUGCAAGAGAAGCCAUUUCCAUAGUGACAUAUUUUUGGGUUCUUGAUUCCUGUUGCUGCUUCUGAUCUUAUUAUCUGUAAGAGGAGCUGGAAAGGCAGUGGCACAUACUUUUAGCUUGUUUCCUGCAUCCCAUUUGGUCUAGUUAGCUGACAAUGGGAAAUAAAGUGGGAAAGAGUGAAUCACCAAAAAAGGUCUCAAAACCUGAAACAAAGCUUGAAGCCAAAACGGUUGAAGCUAUGAAGCGUAGGGCGGCUGCUGGAACUUCCAUGAAGUCAUUCAACAGCAUAAUCUUGAAAUUCCCAAAAAUUGAUGAGAGCUUAAGAAAUUGCAAAGUUAUUUUUAAGCAAUUUGAUGAGGAUUCAAAUGGUGCAAUUGAUUAUGAGGAGUUGAAAAAAAGUUUCCAUAAGUUGGAAAUUUCAUGUACAGAAGAGGAAAUCAAUGAUCUCUUUCAGGCAUGUGAUAUUAAUGAGGACAAGGGAAUAGAUUUCAAUGAGUUCAUUGUACUUCUCUGUCUUGUCUAUCUUCUCAAAGAUGAUGCGGCUACCCUUCAUGCUAAAGCACGGGUGGGAAUGCCCGAUCUGGAGGCCACAUUUGAAACAUUGGUAGAUGCAUUCGUCUUCUUGGACAAGAACAAGGAUGGUUAUGUCAGUAAGAGUGAGAUGGUCCAAGCCAUUAAUGAAACUACAUCAGGGGAAGGUUCUGGACAAAUAGCCAUGAAAAGAUUUGAAGAGAUGGAUUGGGAUAAAAAUGGAAUGGUGAACUUCAAAGAAUUUCUUUUUGCAUUCACCGGUUGGGUUGGAAUUGAUGACAAUGAGGACGAGGAAGAAGGCGGAGAGAAGGUCUGAAUUAAUCAAUAUCUUUCGAGUCUCUCCAGAUGUUGCUGAUUAUGAUGCCUGGUAUUGAAGCUUCUCAGGCUUUCAAAGUUCCUUCAUGUUUGUUUUUCCAAUAAUUGCCAUGUUGAUAUAAACAUGUAUAAUUAAAUCUCCAUUACUUCCUUGAAUUUGGAAUGUAUAUAGUCAGGUAUAGAACUCCAUGCAACUGUUAUCUGCUUCAGGAUGAAUUUGAAACGAUUUCCUGUAGUCAUGCAUGAAGGAGAGCUAAUGAAUGGAAGUCUUAUUUUUAUUA